AUGACCGCUCCUUCCAUCAGAAUUCCGUUCACUGGACCCUUACCCCCGGCCAUUAUUACGCCUGCUACCGCAAGUACGGUCGCAGGGGCAAUUGACGCCAUCUCGGCGUUCUUUACUGCGCCGCCGUCUCCACACCUUCGAGGCUUCGAUGCUGGCCGAUCGUCUCAAACAGUCUUACUGACGGGCGCUGGGAUCUCCGUGGAAUCUGGUUUGUCCGACUAUCGCGGGAAGAAUGGUACGUACGUGAGGAACAAGGUAUAUAGGCCCAUAUAUUUUCAUGAGUUCAUCUCGCGGGAUGAGUUUCGCAAGCGAUACUGGGCCCGAAGCUUUAUCGGGUGGCCAGCACUCAUGAAAGCGAAGCCUAACUCGACGCAUUUCGCCAUCAAAGACCUCGGUGCGAAAGGCUACAUUAGCUCCGUCGUGACACAGAAUGUUGACUCUUUCCAUUCGAACGCACACCCGGAACUUCCUACACUCGAGCUGCAUGGCUACCUCAGGUCCAUCAUCUGCACUAGCUGCCGCAAUGAAUUUUCCCGCGGGGAUUUCCAGAACUCUUUAGCGGCUCUGAAUCCAGCCUGGGCGGACUAUUUACAUGAGAUUAUUGAGAUUGGUGCUCUGGAUACCGAUAACCCCGAGGAACAGCGACGGAAAGGUCUGAAAAUGAACCCAGAUGGUGAUGUUGAUCUUGCGCAAGCCCCUUACUCUACCUUUCGAUAUCCGGCUUGUCCUACCUGUUUAGAGAAUCCGCCCAUACUUCCAGAUGGUACGAAAUCGAAGGUGGAGGCUGAAAGUGAUGGGGCAUGGUCACCUAACUCCAACGCUGGGAUCCUGAAGCCUUCGGUGGUUAUGUUUGGAGAGAAUAUCCAUUCGACAGUCAAAACAGCUGCAGAGGAAGCGAUUGAUGAUGCUGGAAGGCUUCUCGUCCUUGGCAGUAGCCUGGCAACAUUCUCAGCCUGGAGACUGGUGGAAAGAGCUCUUAAACGAGGCAUGGCUAUUGGCAUAAUCAACGUUGGCGGAGUACGAAAUGAAGAGGUCCUCUUUGGACAGGUCCAGCAAGACAGUAGCCUCAUGGUCCAGCGUGUCCGUUGCAGUCUCAAAUCAGAAAUUAUUCUACCCUCAGUGGCAUCACAGUUGCCACCCAUGCAUAGAUAG